AUGAUUAUAGAGAACGUGGACGCUCUCAAGUCGUGGCUGGCCAAGUUGCUGGAGCCGAUAUGUGAUGCAGACCCCUCUGCCUUAGCCAACUAUGUUGUGGCACUAGUCAAGAAAGACAAGCCAGAGAAAGAGCUGAAAGCUUUCUGUGCUGAUCAGCUGGAUGUCUUUCUGCAAAAAGAAACUUCAGGUUUUGUAGAUAAACUUUUUGAAAGUCUGUACACAAAGAGUUACCUUCCCUCUCUGGAACCUCCGAAAGCAGAAGCCAAGACUGCAGGUCAGGAAAAAGAAGAAGUCAAGGAGGAGCAUUUCCAAGAGGUAGUUGAAGAAGAGCGGGAGAGCAGGAAGAAGAAGUACUCCAGUCCACAGAGAAGCCGUACGGAUUCCAGUGAGCAGCGAUCCAGAGAGAAAAAGAGAGACGAUGGGAAGUGGAGGGACUACGACAGGUACUAUGACAGGAGUGAGCUGUACAGGGAGAAGUCGAGCUGGCGGCGCGGGCGCAGCAAGAGCCGCUCCAAGAGCAGGGGCCUGAGCCGGAGCCGCAGCCGCAGCCGGGGCAGGAGCAAAGACCGCGACUCAAGGAGUGCUGAGCACAGAGAGAGAUCAAAGUUCAAGAGCGAAAGGAACGAUGUUGACGUCUCCUACAAUCCGGUUGCCGUCUCUCCCAGUAAAUCAUCUGAGCAGUAUUCCGCUGCACAAUCUAUCCCCAGUACUGUCACUGUCAUUGCACCUGCACACCACCUUGAAAACACAACAGAGAGCUGGUCAAAUUUCUAUAACAAUCACAGCAACCCCAGUUCCUUUGGCAGAAACCCUCCUCCUAAAAGAAGAUGUCAAGAUUAUGAUGAGCGAGGAUUCUGUGUAUUUGGUGAUCUUUGCCAGUUUGAUCAUGGAAGUGAUCCUUUAGUAGUAGAUGAAGUUUCUUUGCCAAGUAUGAUUCCUUUUCCUCCACCACCUCCGGGACUUCCUCCUCCUCCUGGUAUGCUUCUGCCCCCUCUGCCAGGUCCAGCUCGGAAUAUGAGGCUACCGGUUCCACAAGCUCACCCACAGGCACCACCUCCUGUUGUCCUUCCUGUACCAAGACCCCCAUUAACACAGUCCAGUUUGAUCAACAAUCGUGAGCAGCCCGGGACAAGUGCUGUGCCCAACCUGGCACCUGUGGGAGCGAGGCUGCCUCCUCCUCUACCCCAGAACCUGCUGUACACAGUCUCAGAACGUAAGCAAACGCCUGUCUUUGAAACCUAUUUGGUCACACGCCAGAUCAUGGAGGAGGAACUUGCGGAUACAUAUGAGCCAGAUGGCUAUAACCCUGAAGCUCCCAGCAUUACCAGUGCUGGGAGAUCCCAGUACCGACAGUUCUUUACGAGAGCACAAACGCAGCGUCCCAAUCUAAUUGGCCUAACAUCUGGGGAGAUGGAUACAAAUCCAAGAGCUGCCAAUAUUAUCAUCCAGACUGAGCCUCCCAUUCCUAUCACAAAUAACAGCAGCAAUGUCACUCGAGUUGUUCUGGAACCAGAUAGCAGGAAAAGAUCUCCAAGUAGCAUGGAGUGUCCACCAUUAAAGAAGCCCUGGCUGGGAAAGCAAGCAAAUAACAACCAGAACAAGCCAGGAUUCUUGAAGAAGAACCAAUACACGAAUACCAAACUGGAAGUGAGGAAAAUUCCCCCAGACCUAAACAACAUCACACAGCUCAAUGAGCACUUCAGCAAGUUUGGAACUAUUGUGAACAUUCAGGUUGCUUUCCAGAAUGACCCUGAGGCUGCUCUAAUUCAGUACUUGACUAAUGACGAGGCCAGGAAGGCCAUUUCCAGCACAGAGGCCGUUCUCAACAACCGCUUUAUCCGAGUGCUGUGGCACAGGGACAGUGAGCAGCAGCCCCCUGUGCUGCAGCAGCAGCAGACACCCACUCAGCCUCUCCACCACCAGCUUCACCUUCAGCAGCAAGCCCUGACCACGACAGCUGCUGUGACCAUGCACAGCAAUCUCUCAAAGGUGAUGAACAAACCCCUGGCAUCUGGUGCCUAUGUCCUUAAUAAAGUCCCUGUGAAACGUCGCCUUGGAGCAGCAGGUGGAAACCAGUCUGACCUGAGCCAGACUGGGGCUGUGGUGGAGGAUUCUCAGACGUUUCCAACUCCCACAAGCCACUCAAAAAUGGUUUACAGUGCUUCACACCUGAAGGCACCUGGGAAGCCUGGUGCAGGGUCUAAACCUCAUGAUGUGCAAGAAGCCCUUAAAAAAAAACAGGAGGCAAUGAAACUCCAACAAGACAUGAGGAAAAAGAAGCAGGAGAUGUUAGAAAAACAAAUCGAAUGCCAGAAGAUGUUGAUAUCCAAGUUGGAGAAAAACAAGGCCAUGAAACCAGAAGAAAGAGCAGAAAUAAUGAAGACUUUAAAAGAAUUAACAGGCAAAAUAUCUCAGUUAAAGGAUGAAUUAAAAACUUCAUCUACAACCUCUACAAUAUCAAAAUUAAAGUCCAAGACAGAGGCACAAAAGGAACUUCUAGACGCAGAGCUGGACUUCCAUAAGAGACUCUCUUCUGGAGAGGACACAACUGAGCUAAGAAAAAAGCUCAACCAGCUACAAGUCGAGGCUGCACGCUUGGGGAUCUUGCCGGCUGGCCGUGGGAAGGCGUCACCAGGCCAGGGGAGGGGCCGGGGCCGGGGCCGUGGUGGCAGAGGCAGGGGCAUGUUGAACCACAUGGUGGUGGAUCAUCGCCCCAAAGCACUGACAGUGGGAGGUUUCGUGGAAGAAGAGAAAGAUGAAUUGUUACAGCACUUCUCUGCUGCUAACCAAGGGUCCCGCUUCAAAGACCGAAGGCUACAGAUAUCAUGGUACAAACCCAAGGUACCUUCAGUGUCCACUGAGAUCGAGGAAGAGGAAUCCAAGGAAGAGGAAACUGAAACCUCAGACUUAUUUUUGCAUGAAGAUGAUGAUGACGACGAUGAAGAUGAGGAUGAAUCACGUUCUUGGAGAAGAUGAAACAAUGUUGGAAAUGUAUAAUUUUAGGAAUAUAGUUCAAGCUACAACUUUUAAACAUUUAUUUAAGGAAGUUGAGGAGCCAAAAAAAAAAGCUUUACUUUCUUUUCAAACCACAAGGUCUGAAGUAAGCGGAGUUGGUUACAAAACAUUUUGGAUCUAGAGCUGUGAUACGAAGCUAGCCAAAGGCCCAGUGACUUUUUACAUCUUUACCAAGCUCACCAGGCUGGUGAUAUUUUCUAUUUAAGAAGGAUAAAAAGAGAGAGGGGAGUAAGAAAUAAUUGGUAUUUUCUUGUCCUCUUUGUGUCACCUGUAUUACCUUGUUUGGGGGUUUUUAUAACAUUGAUUUGUUGGGUUCUAAUUGAAAAGCUACGCCAGGUUUUAUUUAGCAAUAUUCUGGACUUAGGGGAAAGACACAAACUUUCAUUAAAUGUUAUGAAAGAAAAAAUGGCCUCAUUUGCUAAUUGAGAAGGGGGAACUUUGUAUUUCAGGUGGAAUCACUUGUCAUAGGAAUUAUUUGUGGUUAGAUCAAUACAUUUAUUGCAGUGUGUGAAGGCCACCAGGUUUUAUGCUUGACUGCUUUUUGGGAGCAGGAGGUGGAAGAAGCAAUUUAAACAGGGUAUUGUUGUGCCACUGUCCAGGUUGGUUUGUUUGUUCAAGUUCUGCUCCACAGAAGACCAGCAAUGGCCCCUGCUGGAGUGAAUUUUCACUUUUUCUUGGUUCUCUGCCAUAGUUUCAGGGUAAGGUUCAUGUUAGACCCUGUUUACUGUGUUUCAGUGUUGGUGAGCAGGAAUGUAAUGUUUCAUACCGAAAAACAACUAAACUGUCAGCUGCCUGCCAGCUCUCCCUCCUUUCCCUGUCACCAGCCCUUUGAUCUUCAACCCAAACCCAUGAAGUGCUCAGAGCAAAAUACUUUUUAGCCAAGGCAGUUUAGUCCUGCUCCAAGAGCAGUGUUAAACCUUCACUGGAAGUGACCAGUCCCUAGAGGGGUGUUAGAGCUGGGCUUGAGAGGUUCUGAGCUUACCUUCAAGAUGAGCACCAU